AUGGUAACAAGUAACAACAACAACAACGCUAUUCUAUCACGGAACGACAGCGGUGCACCACACAGUGCACACACUACACAGGCACCACCUCCACAGACCGCACUUCUCCUCCACCGUUUCGUCCAUGAGAUCGACGGCGGCGACAACGGGCGAGCGAUAAGGAAACGGCGUCCGGCGAAACAAAACGGCGAUUCGCAUAACCUCACUCCGCAGUCUGCACCAUCACAUAAUACGUUUAUGCUCCGCACCGUCCACAACGGCAGCGUUGCAGCAGCCCAGGACGCCCAGCCGACCUGA